AUGGUUGUCCAAGUCCACCAAUGCAAUGGUAUAACUGUCAAAGGUCAAAGAUGCAAAAUUACAGUACGCACCGAGCAUGGGUAUUGUCAUUAUCAUAUAAAACAAGCCAAGGGGACUGAGGAAAUAAAAGCGAUCCGUAAGACAACCACCAAAUAUCCUACAAACAAUGCUUUUGAAAAGUCACCUGCCUCAUCUGUGACAUUACUAAAUGACCUGAAUGAAAAAUACAAUGUGAUUGGAGGAUUUAUAGCUCCUGAUCCCGUUUCCUCUUCAUUGUCUCCUACACCAUUACCAAAACAAAAACCAAAAACAAGUACAAGUACAAGUGCAAGUGCAAGUACAUGUACAAGUACAAGUGCAAGUGCAAGUACAAAGCCAGUCACUGAUGCAGGUUACAUUUAUAUCUACACCAUGGAAAACUUUAUCACGCCUCCAAAGGGCUGGAAUUUCCAAGUGAAGAAUAUACCACAGACAAAAAAGCGGCACAAGGAUAAAUGGACAAGAUUUAAAAGCGAUCGGUCUCCUUAUAUAUUGGUAAAGAUUGGAAUGACCACACAGCUUCCGAAUAUCAGGAUAAAACAAUGGAAGCAAAAAUGCAAACACGAACUAGUCAAUUUGGGACCACGGAAUCAAUACUUGGUGAAAGUGCGUGAGCAUUGGUGGGAAAGAUUUAAGAGGCUAACCAUUCGUGAUGAUAAAGAGAGUGGUGGAAAUGUUAACACUGUUGGAGAUGACACCAGUCCUUAUACAUUUCAAAGAUUUAAAAAUGACGGCUUUCAUUGCAAAAAGAAUUUAAAACAAGUGGAACUGAAGGUUCAUAGUACAUUACGCGAAAAGUACGGGAAAGGCGAUGUUUAUUGCAGCGGAUGUGUCCCCGACGACGAGUUAACAGUGAAUAAGAAUCUAAAGAGAGCACCACUACAAAACAACUACAAGGUGCACAUAGAAUGGUUUCUCAUUCCCAAAGCUGAUUUACAAUCUGUCUACCAAACGAUUGACGAAUUGUGUUUCACUAUAGGCGGGAAGUAA